AUGGACCGGCAGUCAGUGUACACGCUCAGCCUGUUCGGCGAAGACCGCGCGAUCGAGGAGAGCAACAAGCGGGUGCAGAAGGAGCUGGUCGACUUCAUCCUCGACUUCCACCUCGACAAUGUCUUCAUUUACAGAGACCAGAUACGAGAGAACGUGCUGUCGCGGCAGUACUUCUGCGAUAUCGACAUUGCCCACCUCAUUGCCUUCAACGAGCAUCUGGCGCACCGGCUGAACAACGAGCCGGCAGAGAUCAUCCCUGUCUUCGAAGCCGCCCUCAAGACAUGCACCCGCCGAAUACUCUACCCAUCGCAAAGCGUAGAAGACCAGCAACUUGCGCAAGCCCUCCCUGAACACCAACUCCUCAUCCACUCCUCCGUCACGCAGACUUCUAUCCGAGGUCUUACCGCCACAAACGUCUCACAUCUCGUGCGAAUACCCGGCAUUGUCAUUGGCGCCAGCACGCUUAGCUCCAAAGCAGUAGCCCUACACAUCCAGUGUCGAAGCUGUGGGCACCCAGAGAGACUCAGCAUAUCUUCUGGCUUCACAGGCGUCACGCUUCCUAGAGUCUGCGGACGGCCUCAAAACAAUCCGUCGGAUGGCGACAAAUGCCCUUUGGAUCCAUACUUUGUGGUGCACGAGAAAUCGCAGUUCAUCGACCAGCAGGUACUGAAGCUGCAGGAAGCACACGACGAUGUACCGGUUGGAGAACUACCUCGCCACAUCCUGGUCAGCGCCGACAGAUACCUCGCCAAUCGAGUGGUGCCCGGCUCAAGAUGUGUGGUCAUGGGUGUCUUCAGCAUCUACAACAGCCAGAAGAACAACAAAGGCAGCGGUGCAGUCGCUAUCCGCAACCCCUAUCUGCGCGCUGUUGGCCUGCAAACAGACCUCUCCCACAACCAAGCCGGCGGCAUGGGCAUGCAGUUCACCGAAGAAGAGGAGCAAGAGUUUCUUGAAAUGUCCCGCCGGCCUGACCUCUACUCCCUCUUCGCUUCCUGCAUUGCACCCUCCAUCUACGGCAAUGCCGACAUCAAGAAAGCCAUCACCUGCCUGCUAAUGGGUGGCAGCAAGAAGAUCCUCCCCGAUGGCAUGCGUCUGCGUGGUGACAUCAAUGUCCUGCUUUUGGGUGACCCCGGAACAGCCAAAUCCCAGCUCCUCAAAUUUGUCGAAAAAGUCUCCCCCAUCGCCAUCUACACCUCCGGCAAAGGCUCCUCGGCCGCCGGUCUGACCGCCUCCGUACAACGCGACACCAGCACCCGCGAGUUCUACCUCGAAGGCGGCGCCAUGGUCCUCGCCGACGGCGGCGUCGUCUGCAUCGACGAGUUCGACAAGAUGCGCGACGAAGACCGCGUCGCCAUCCACGAAGCCAUGGAACAACAGACCAUCUCCAUCGCCAAGGCGGGCAUCACCACCAUCCUCAACGCGCGUACGUCCGUCCUCGCCGCCGCAAACCCUAUCUUCGGCCGCUACGACGACCUCAAGACCCCCGGCGAGAACAUCGACUUCCAGACCACCAUCCUCUCCCGCUUCGACCUCAUCUUCAUCGUCCGCGACGCCCACGACCGCGCGCAGGACGAGACGAUGGCGAAGCACGUCAUGAACAUCCACAUGGCGGGACAAGCCCGCAACGCCCAACAGCAACAACAAGCCGAGACCUCCGAAAUCCCCGUCGAGAAGAUGAAACGCUACAUCUCCUACGCCAAAUCGCGCUGCGCGCCCCGCCUAUCCGCCGAAGCAGCGGAGAAACUCUCCUCCCACUUCGUCUCCAUCCGGCGGCAAGUCGCGCGACAGGAACAAGACGCCAACGCGCGCUCGUCCAUCCCCAUCACGGUGCGGCAGCUGGAGUCGCUGGUGCGCAUCACGGAGGCGCUUGCGAAGAUGGAGCUGCAGCCCGUCGCGACGGAGAAGCAUGUCGACGAGGCUAUAAGGCUGUUUUUGGGCAGUACGAUGGAUGCGGUGAUGAGUGCGGGUGGGGAGGCGGGAGGGGGGAGUAGGGAGUUGGUGGAGGAGGUGCAUAAGGUUGAGGAGGAGGUUAGGCGGAGGUUGCCUAUUGGUUAUACCUCGUCCCUCGCCACGCUACGCCGCGAGUUCGUGGAGCGAAAGGGCUACAGCGAGCAGGCGCUCAACCGUGCUCUCAUGGUGCUGAAUAGACGGGAGAGCGUGCAGUUCCGGCGAGGCGGGAGUCUGGUGCAUCGGAGCGGUGUGUGA